GCCAUGGGAGGCUGUAUGGGAAGACCCCGAGGGGAGAAUCGCAGAACCAACUCCAGGGCCUCAGGCUACCCCAGCAAGAGAGCAGGUCGUAAUGAGCCAUUAAAGAAAGAGAGACCGAGAUGGAAGAGCGACUAUCCUAUGACGGACGGACAGCUACGCAGCAAGCGGGAUGAAUUUUGGGAUACAGCCCCAGCAUUUGAGGGGCGCAAGGAGAUCUGGGACGCUUUGAAGGCUGCGGCCUACGCAGUGGAAGCAAAUGACCAUGACCUUGCUCAGGCAAUAGUAGAUGGUGCAAGUAUUACCUUACCUCACGGAUCUCUAACAGAAUGUUAUGAUGAGUUGGGGACUCGCUAUCAACUACCAGUUUACUGUCUUGCUCCUCCUGUCAACAUUAUAAUGGAGAGAAGUGAUGAAGAUGGCACUGAUGUCCCAGAUCCAGUAGCCAACAACCGACGGGAAUUUCAGCUCAGAGUCCGGCUUUCAUCUGGAAAGGACGUAAAACUCAAUGCUAGCAUGGGGGACACCAUUGGCCAGCUAAAGAAGCAGUUGCACUCACUGGAGGGGAUCGAACAGUGCAGGCAGCGCUGGUUUUUCUCAGGGAAACUUCUCACAGACCGAACGAAACUGCAAGAAACCAAGAUUCAGAAGGACUUUGUGAUCCAAGUUAUUGUCAAUCAGCCAUUGGAGACGGCGAACUGACUGUGCUGAUGGUCCAUAGACUGAAAUCUGAAUGUCUACUGAAAUCUUUGUACAUUAGGGUGGGGACAGAAAGGCUGGCUGCUAGAUUUUAAUA